AUGGAUGGAAAAAUGAUCCCGAGUUCGAUGUUUCCGAGUAAACCAUAUGAAAACGAUCGUUCAUAUUUGAACGGAAGUGUCUCCAACCACUUUAUUACAGCUUCUAUCUAUCUAUCUAUCUAUCUAGUUCUAUUCAUAUCUAUCUAUCUAUCUAUCUAUCUAUCUAUCUACCUUGUUCUAUUCAUAUCUAUCUAUCUAUCUAUCUAUCUACCUUGUUCUAUUCAUAUCUAUCUAUCUAUCUAUCUAUCUACCUUGUUCUAUUCAUAUCUAUCUAUCUAUCUAUCUAUCUACCUUGUUCUAUUCAUAUCUAUCUAUCUAUCUAUCUACCUUGUUCUAUUCAUAUCUAUCUAUCUAUCUAUCUAUCUAUCUAUCUACCUUGUUCUAUUCAUAUCUAUCUAUCUACCUUGUUCUAUUCAUAUCUAUCUAUCUUGUUCUAUUCAUAUCUAUCUAUCUAUCUAUCUUGUUCUAUUCAUAUCUAUCUAUCUAUCUAUCUUGUUCUAUUCAUAUCUAUAUCUAUCUAUCUAUCUAUCUUGUUCUAUUCAUCCAUCUAUCUUAUCUAUCUAUCUAUCUAUCCAUCUAUAUCUUAUCUAUCUAUCUAUCUAUCUAUCUUGUUCUAUUCAUAUCUAUCUAUCUAUCUAUCUAUCUUGUUCUAUUCAUAUCUAUCUAUCUAUCUAUCUAUCUUGUUCUAUUCAUAUCUAUCUAUCUAUCUAUCUAUCUAUCUAUCUAUCUAUCUAUCUAUCUAUCCUUGGCAUCUCAACUCCAGUUCAUUAUCUAUCUAUCUAUCUAUCUAUUUAUCUAUCUAUCUAUCUAUCUAUCUAUCUGAUCCUUUCUCUCUUCUCUUCCUCUCCUACCUCUAACUCUCUCUCCCCCCUCUCUAACUUUCUCUCUCUCUCUCUCUAUAUAUAUAUAUAUAUUCAAAUCUAUCUAUCUAUCUAUCUGGAUAAGAUCCUUUCUGUCUUCUCUCCCUCUCCUUCCACUAAACCUCUCUCUUUCUCCUCCCUUUAUAACUUACUAACUCUCCCUAUAUAUAUAUAUCUGUGUGUGUGUAUAAUAUUCUAUCUUAAUCUUUUCUUUCUUUCUUUCUUUCUUUCUUUCUCUCUCAUUAUUUCUUUUUUUUUAUAUAUCCGUCUCAUUUUCUUUCUUUCUUUCUUUCUUAUCGUUUUGUUUGUUUCUUUCUAUCUAUCUAUCUAUCUAUCUAUCUAUCUAUCUAUCUAUCUUUUUAGUUUGGCUUUUGAAACUGCGAAUUCUUUCUUUCUUCUGCGAUCCUUUGCAUUCUGUUUCUUUUUUACGUUAACCGUUCCUUCUAUGGAAUUCCUUUCCUCUUUUUCUUCGAUUACGACUUUCUUUCUUUUUAGUUUCUUUCCUUCCUCUACUAUUCCUUGGAUUCUAUUUAUUUUCGCGUCAAUCUACCUUUGGACAUAUUUCUUUCAUUUUUAUCAAUUACGUUUGCUUUCUUUCUUUUCCAAUUCUUUGCCUUUUGUUUCUUUUUUCACGUUAAUCUUUCUUUCUUUGGAAUUGUUUUCUGCUUUUUCUUCACUUACGUUCUUGUUUUUUUUUUUUUUAGUUUCUUUCCGUCUACGAUUCUUUGGAUUCUGUUUCUUUUUUCGCGUCAAUCUUCCUCUGGACAUUUGUUUCCUUCUUUUUCUUCACUUGCAUUUUUCUUUCUUUUUUUUUGCUUGUUUAUUUCUUCUAUUGCAUUCUGUUUCUUUUUUUCGCGUUAAUCUUUCUUUGGAUUUGUUUUCUUCUUUUUUAUUCACCUACGCUUUUCUUUCUUUCUAUUUCAUUGCGUCAUUUUCUUCAGUUCUUUCUUUCUUUCUUUCUUUCCUUCCUUCUUUCUUUCUUUCUUUCUUUUGGUAUUGCUUCUACCUUUUGAUUAUGUUUGUUUUUCUUUUUUACUUUCUUUUUUCCCUUGAAAGUGAUUUCCUUCCUUUUCCUCGCCUUUCUUUCUUUCUUUCUUUCUUUCUUUCUUUCUUUCUUUCUUUCUUAUUGGUUCCUUCUUUUUACUGUUCUUUCUUUGGAUUUGAUUUUAUGUUUUUCUUUCUUUCUUUUUUUUAG